AUGAAGUUCACUAUUACUUUCGCCCUGGCAGCUCUGCUGACCACUGCCGCUGCCCAAGGCCUGGGUGAUCUCCCCGACUGCUCGAAAUCCUGUGCUACAGGUUCAAUCCCCCAGAACUGCGGCAUUGAUUUCAAGUGCGUCUGCGAGUCCAAGUCCUUCCUAGCCGAUGUCGCCUGCUGCAUCGCCGAUAAAUGCUCCAAGGCGGACCAGGAUACGGAACAUGUACAGUGGACUGAUACGUUAUUCUUCGCUACAGCAACCAUCAAGGUCGCCAAGUCAAUCUGUGCCCGGGGUGGUGUGACCGAUCUGCCUGCCGAGGUGAUCUGCUCGAGCAGCAAGUCGAGUUCCAGCUCUGGAACCAGCACCAGCUCUAGCUCCAACUCGACCGAGACUGGAACCAAGUCCAGCACUGAGACAUCGGGUGCGACUAAGACCUCAGAUUCGACCACUGUGACGGGCACCAAGGCUUCUACCACGACCUCGAACAGCGCUUCGAGCAGUGUCUCGUCCGCCUCUGCUGCUGCCACUAGCACUGGCGUCGCUGCGUUCACUCACAAGGAUACUUCCCUCCUGGCAGCUGCUGGUGCUGCGGCAGCGUUCGCCGUUCUGAUCUAG